CCGACAUUACUCAGCCUGGAUGCUCAUCCUUUAUAAAGGAAACUAUGUACAGUUCAUUGACGAAGUGUCCAAACUGAAUCCAGCUGAAUUGAAGAAGAAGUUAGAAAUGCGCGAAACUUUAUUGUGUGUUGGAGCAGUAUUCCAUACCGUUAUAGGAGCUAGAUCUCUAGUACCGGAAUCCGAGUUCUUCCUGCCGACAAUACGGUUGCAUGGUAAAGCGGAAUUGGAACACCUUAGGAUCCUUGAGAAGUUGAUAGAACUUGGAGCUGAUGUGGUGAAUACUAGAGAUAUGGCAGGUUUUACCCCUCUCCACCAUUGUCUCACGGGCAAAGGGAACUCUGUCACCUACCAAAUGGCAAAGUUGCUGCUGGAAAAUGGCGCUAAUCCAAAUGCCCCGACAAGGUUUGGUUUGGUCCCGCUAACUAUAUGCGUGAUGGCAGGAGAUAUAGAACGUGCUGAACUCCUAGUAAAGCAUGGUGCAGAUCCUCAUGUAAAGGAUAAUGACGGUGUAUCACCGUUGAUGUGUGCUUCAACGUACCCUGCAAUGUUGAAAGUUCUCAAGAAAGGAGAAAAGUGUUCCGUUGGGAAACAACGGGUGUUGGCGAAGGAACAAAACCUUCUGAAAAAGUGCGGAUUCUGUAAAAAGACUGGAGAAAAACGAUGUACCGGCUGUUUCCUUGAGUGGUACUGCGGUGCCGAUUGCCAGAAAACUGAUUGGACCAAUCAUAAGGCUGUCUGCAAGCAGAGAAGAAAGGAAUAUCUUCCUGUUAAGUUCUCCAAGCAGUCCGCCUGUAUUUCAGGGUUCAACUACCAGACAUCAAAGGUUGAAGUGUCCAUCAAGGGUCCCAUCAAGAAACCAAAGGCCACGUCCUUUGUUGUCAAGGUCCAGGUCCCCUUGGACUCUGGACGAUCAUCUCUUCUCGCAGUUUAUAAUAAGGAUCGUAGUGUGUACGGUUUAGUUGAUGAGAAAGAUGAUGCUGGAGCACAGCUGGCCAAGUCUGUUCGAACUAAGGGCUUUAAUCUGCAAAAAGGAUAUUUCUGCGCUAUAAUGGAGGAAGAUAAAGUUCUCAUCAACCCAACCAUACUUCCUCCAGAAACUUGGUAGACAAAAUUCAACAUAAAAAUCCUGAGCCUAGGUAGACUAGGACUAACAUCAGGCUUUAGUUUGAGUAGACUAAGUUAAACCUCAGAUCUGAAUUUUGACAUUAAAUCAACAAUUGGAAAAAUUUACAUCAUCUUUGUUUGUCAUUAUGUUAACAAGCAUUUUUUUCUACAAAUGUGAUUUUAACAAAUAUUUGAGCUUCCCGAAAUCUAAGUCUUCGAAUCUAAUAAGAUGUGAUACAAAAGAGAAAUAUUUAAAGAUUUAUAAUUUAAAAAGAAAUUUACCAAAACCUCAUUUUUGCUAUUUUUUUUUUGAAGAAUAUGA